AUGUCGGAGAUAAAGAUUUAUAGUUUGGAGGAACUAUAUGGACUCCGAAAACAAAAACUCAACGUCAACGUAAGUUUGAUGAAAAAGAAGAAUAAAAAAGCUGCGAAGAAUAAAAAGGGGCAAUACGAUAGUUCUUCUCCUUCAGAAUUUUUCGAGCGAUACAGAUGGAUUAUGCAUGACGUUGUGUUGAUGCAAAAGAACGGAGAGACCAAGAUGAAAGGGAGUGAAUUAUAUGAAUUGUUUUUACAGGGGAAGUUACUCCUCCAUGAAUGCACUGUUAAGUCACAAGACACAAACAUCCCCUUUGUUUUGCAACUGAAAAAGUGUGUUGACAUUUAUAAAAAGAUUUUGGAUAUCGAUAACGAGAAAGAUCAAGAGAAACUCAAACUUAAAGAAGAAGAAAUGAACAAACCAAAAGCAGCCGGACCUGUUUACAACGAACAAAACGUCGACGAGAACCUAUUUGAUCCCCUUGCGGAGUUAGGAGGAAAUAUAGAAUGA